AAAGAAAAAAGAAAAGGGAAUAGGAUUGAGAGAAAGAAGAAGAAUGAGUGACGGUAGAGAAGAAUAGGAAGGAUCGCCAGGGUAAAGCAGCCGCCGGUCGGCGGGAAGGAGCAGCUCUGGCAUGUGGGGAUCUCCGGCACCAACAGAUAUUUUGAUGGCAUGACAAAUCAGAAAGAAGAGGAUGUACUGUAUGACUAGACACAAGAUCAGUUCUGUUUGUGGAUUACAUUUUCAGUAAGAUGUAUGGAUCUAUUUUUUCCUUGUUCUUAAAUAUAGAUCAUGAGACUUGACUGAGGCAAUAUACAUAUCAUCCAUCCAUCUAUGGCGAACUACAGCCAUGCAGCUGACAACAUUUUACAAAAUCUCUCUCCUUUAACAGCUUUUCUGAAACUGACUUCACUGGGUUUCAUAAUAGGAGUCAGUGUGGUGGGUAACCUUCUGAUCUCCAUUUUGCUAGUCAAAGAUAAGACCUUGCAUAGAGCUCCUUACUACUUCCUGUUGGAUCUUUGCUGCUCAGAUAUCCUCAGAUCUGCAAUUUGUUUCCCUUUUGUUUUCACCUCGGUAAAAAAUGGCUCUACGUGGACGUAUGGGACUCUUACUUGCAAAGUGAUUGCCUUUUUGGGGGUUUUGUCCUGCUUUCACACUGCUUUCAUGUUAUUCUGCAUAAGCGUCACGAGAUACUUAGCUAUUGCCCACCACCGUUUUUAUACGAAAAGACUGACCUUCUGGACUUGUUUGGCUGUUAUCUGUAUGGUGUGGACUCUCUCUGUAGCCAUGGCUUUCCCCCCAGUUUUAGAUGUGGGCACCUACUCAUUCAUUAGGGAGGAAGACCAAUGCACUUUCCAGCAUCGUUCCUUCAGGGCUAAUGAUUCCUUGGGAUUUAUGCUUCUUCUUGCCCUUAUCCUCCUAGCCACACAGCUUGUCUACCUCAAGCUGAUAUUUUUUGUUCACGAUCGCAGGAAAAUGAAGCCAGUCCAGUUUGUUGCAGCAGUGAGCCAGAACUGGACUUUUCAUGGUCCUGGAGCGAGUGGUCAAGCAGCUGCUAAUUGGCUGGCUGGAUUUGGAAGGGGUCCCACACCUCCAACCUUGUUGGGAAUCAGGCAAAACGCGAACACCACAGGCAGGAGGAGGCUACUGGUUUUAGAUGAAUUCAAAAUGGAGAAGAGAAUCAGCAGAAUGUUCUACAUCAUGACAUUCCUCUUUCUGACCUUGUGGGGUCCCUAUUUGGUAGCCUGUUACUGGAGAGUUUUUGCAAGAGGGCCUGUAGUACCUGGGGGAUUUCUAACGGCCGCUGUCUGGAUGAGUUUUGCCCAAGCUGGAAUCAAUCCUUUUGUCUGCAUUUUCUCCAACAGGGAGCUGAGGCGCUGUUUCAGCACAACCCUUCUUUACUGCAGAAAAUCCAGGUUACCAAGGGAACCUUACUGUGUUAUAUGAGGGAGCAUCUGUAAAUCUUUAGCCUUGUGAAACACUACCAUUCUCUGCUAAGCAAUUGUGGCCUGUAGCCAUGUCUUGAGGAGAAAAUCAAGAACGGGAUGUCAGCAGCUGUAAGGAUUUGGGCAACAUUCUGCAGUCUUUGCAAUAGCUCACCUUUAAUCCUGUUUUAAACCUAAACAUGUUCCUGCUGACCACUGCUGAAGGUUUGUAAUUAAGAACAAAGGACUGAACUACUGCCCUGAAUUCCUUUAUGUGGUUGAAAUCUAGAUUAUGAAAGUAGCAGGUGCUAAGUAUCAGUGCUAAAUGCUGUGUAUAUCACUACAUAAAAUAAGAACAUCAAAAAGAUUAGCAUUGGACAUCUUAAUAAAUUAAGUUGAUAUGAGGUUAAUGUGUUGAUAAAACUAAUUUUAGACAUCUGAAGACCUUUAAAACAUUUCAUACAAUUAUUAUUUUGCAAAGACUGAAAACUGGGGACUCAAGUACUGUAACUGAUUAAAGAUGUGCCAUGCAUUAUUGGAUUAUCACACUUACAAAUCUGUUUGCCUUGUGAGUAAGUUUUGGGGAGCAUUCCAAAGCAGUAUUUUUGUUCAGAUUUUGACUUUAAUUUUUUUUUCUCCAAAUAUAUUACUCUUUCUAAUUACCAUUUUCCUUAACAGUGAAAUUACUAACAUUUAACUGUAUUCUGUGUUUUUUGCUGAUUUGGUAUAAAGUUUAAUAGACUCUUAUUUAUAUUUUUUAAAAAGCUAGAUAUCAGUCUGUUAGGCAACGUUAAUGAUAAUAUCCAGUCAUAAUUGAACAGUUAUAAUUAUACAGAAUAAACACAUGUUGCCUUAAAGGGUUAUCUAGUAUCUUCCAUUUUGUUUAGCAUUGAAGCAAAUAAGCAAGGAAAAUUGAAUCAAUAACUCUGGUCAGUCAUUUGGGAGUGCAUGAAAGAUCACUUAGUCCUCUUUUUUCCUUUUUACUCCAAUGGUUCCCAAAAUCAAUAUGCACAUCACUGGGAUUAUGUGAUUUCUUUCCUAGGUGUGCCGCCCUUUCUAGUUUGUUCUGGGAGACACAGGCAGUUGAUGUAUGUUUAUAUUUUAAGACAGCUGUCAUGGGGAGACCGCAGCCUUAGUAUGAUAUCUUGCACAAUUUGUGAAGCAUUUAUUCUACUGAAGGCACAGUCUUGUUUAUAUUUUCUGCACAUUUUGGUGUAUUGGUUGUUUUAAAUUAUUUAAGUUUUAACUUGUGAAAGCAUAUAAUAUGAUUUCUUAGUAUUUUAGAGAUACAUUAGAGUCUGUGAGUCUUUCCUUCUUUAAGAUACAGAUGUGUGGAUUUCAAUAUAAAGUUGCAUUUGCCAAAAUUUACCUGUGUAGCUUGUUAAUUUUCUUGGAAUAAAAUUUUACAUUUUUCCAGU